UGUUGCCACUUGCCGCUGAACCCCAUUAAAAAAGACAGAAAGAAGGGGAACUCGAACCCUCCCCCCAACGGUCACCUCGUCGUCGUCCCCGCCCGGAUCGCCUCCUCCCCCCGACCAACCCACCCGGUCGCCCCUCACCUCCGGACCCCGGAGAGCCCCCCCUCCCACACGAGCGGCGACGGACAAAGGAGCAGCCAGGCCGAGGAGGAUGAGGUGGAGGAGGAGUCAUCGCCAUCAGCAUUAACUCCUCGCCCCCCCUGCCCUCCCUCGAAAGCGCCACCACCGGAUCCAAUCCAACCACCUCCCCCGGCGCCCGCCUCGAGGGCCCCCCUCUCUCCCUCCCCGCAGGUUCGCUUUCUCCGAUCCUCACGAAACCGCCACGCCCCCGGCUGGGCCAUGCCCCUGCCGCCGCAGACCCAGAAGCAGCAGCAGCCGCGAUGGCGCGUUGCGGCGUGGAGGUGAUCGCCAGCAGGGGCUGCUCGAGGCUGCUCCUCCCCGGGAUGCAGCCCUCCUCCGCCUCCGCGGCCUCCUCCUCCUCCGUCUCGGUCACCCGCUCCGCCGCGGCCACGGACGCUGCCGCCCGGCGCCCGCCCGACGGCCCCUUCGCCGGCCUGGUCGUCUGCGUCACUGGGCUGUCCAAAGAGGCGAGGAGUCAGGUGAAGGAGGCCGCCGAGAGGCUGGGAGGCGACUACAGCGGCAGCCUGCACCCCAAAUGCACUCACCUCGUGGUGCAGAGCUUCGCCGGCCGCAAGUUUGAGCACGCUCUCAAGCAUGGUCCCAGGAAUGGUCUUUUUGUUGUCACGCUGGGCUGGUUUGUCGAUUGUGUUCGAAGGAACAUGAGGCUGGAUGAAUCCUUGUACAGUAUCAAGAACAUUGGGGAGAACGGCCUGCCUCUUGGGGAAUACAACCGGCUUGUUGGACUUCCUGUUAAUGAGAAGUCAUGCCUUCCACCAAUGAUUUUUCAAGACAAAGCAUGCUCGGGCACAACACAUAAGCACCAGCUUCAGCCUCAUAGAGAAGAACCUGAACAUGAUGUGUUCGUUUUUACGAAUGACACAAUCUACAUUGACCCUGGGAUAUCUGGUGACAUGAAGAAGAAGAUAUCGGACGCUGCUACGAGUGAAGAUGCAAAAUUAUUGGACCACUGGUUUAUUGGUUGCCACGCCAAAUAUGUUGUGUGUGAGGAUGCUUCUGUCAAGAGAUAUGUUGGCCACUCAGAUAACAUUGUAACACCGUUUUGGAUCUUGAAAACAGUGAAGGAGAAGAACUUGCAGCGCCUGGUCCAUUUGUCUUCAGACCUAGCUAGACAUGUUGCAGUGGUUCUAGAAAAUUUCCACACAUCUCAAGAGAAUAGGAAACUUGGGAGUGCUCCUUCUCUUAACUCCAGCGAACUGCCAACCCAAGGGGAGAUAGAUGAGGCUCGUCAGGAGAGGCAAAAAUUUGUCGAGGUAGCUAAAAAGGAUAUUCGAGACCGACGUGUUCGCCGUAUGCAGUCAUGUGAAGUACCAAUCCAUCCGCUCACACCUGUCACGCUUCUGGAUUCAAUCUGCUGGACAAUAUCUGAGCCGGUUUCAUCUGCAAGUAUUUAUAUGGAUUCUUCAUGGUCUGAAGAUGCCGAUGAGCAGCAAGGCACUACUUAUUUUGAUGCCGAUGGGGAUGGAAAGGAUAGAGACCAGUCAGCUGAUAAUUUGUCCCGCCCUCUAAGAGAAAGUGAGAGAAGCGAGGUAAUUUUUAAGAACCAUUUCUUUACCAUACUCUUCCCUCUGGAUCGUUUUGGCGAGCUUGGACCUUCUUCAAGGACAUUCUUCAGCAAUGGCGGCUUCACACGCGAACAAGUGUUGGAUCACAUCUACAAUUUCUACCAGGAUAACAUGUCAACAGACGAGAUAAACGUAGCCCUGCACACGGAUUCACGGCAUGCCGAUCGACUUCGUUCCCUGUACGGAAGUGCUGAAUGCGCUGGAUCAGGCUUUGUAAUAGCAUUCAAAAGAGUAGAUUUUUUGGGAAGCCGGAGAAGCUUCGAGGCACUAAAGCGCCUUAGCAGAGAGAACAAUAGCAAUGUAUAUGAGCUUGUGAUUAGGGCAUGAACGGCACCCGUACUCGGUGCCGUUUAGUAAAAUUUGUUUGUUGUUUACAGGAUGUGCCAUGUCCAUGUUAUGCAGAAUAAAAUUGUAGAGAAUAAUACACAGCUUAAUGAAAAGGGUUAUGAGGUAGGAA